AUGAAACUCUCUGCUAUUUUCCUGUCUGUCCUACUUGCUUCGGCCGCGUCUGGCACAUAUAUUAAGCCAAGCUCCACUCCUGCUCUUGUUUCGACCACUCCCUGCACGGAUGAAAUUCACUCGUCCCAAACCCCUAAACCUAUGGCGGCCAAGUCUGAAACCAGUCCUUGUUUAGACGAAACUCCAAAGGCCACUCUUACUACCACUUCUGUAGCCACUGCUUAUGAUGGCCAGACACCAUUGCCAACUGCUGCAGUCAGCCAUGGCACCACUCCCUGUAGCACCCCUACGCCUGAACUAACGGGCAGCUAUACCCCCGCUGGUGUACCUCAGACCAAACUAGAAGCCAUUGUUACUCCUACUCCUACCUCUACUCCACUCAGCAAUUACGAUCAAGAUGUGCCCAUUGCUGCUAGCGCAAACUCCAUCGAGUUUAGUUUCCUGGCUGUUAUGGCUGCCCUUACUGCCGCUAUUCUCGCUUAG